UUAAUCCUGUCUUUUCACUAUUUACAAAUAUUCCCCAAUUGUUGUCUAAUUUUCUCGACUUUUCCCAUCAAACCCUCAAAAUUUUCCCAUUCAUUUUCUCACCAUCCAAACGCACACAUUCAGUCCCAUCCCAUGCCCCCACCAACAACGACGCCGUAUCCGCCAUGCACGCAACCGAGCUCCUCCCUCGCGAUAACAGAAACAAUAAACGGCUCUCACAGAUUCACAAUCCAAGGUUACUCUCUAGCUAAAGGUAUCGGCGUCGGUAAACACAUCGCCAGCGAGAAUUUUACCGUCGGCGGUUUCCAAUGGGCUAUUUACUUUUACCCCGACGGUAAAAAUCCUGAAGAUAAUUCCUCUUAUGUCUCAGUUUUCAUUGCUCUCGCUAGCGAAGGCACCGAUGUUCGCGCCUUAUUUGAGCUAACCCUAAUUGAUCAGAGUGGCGAAGGUAAACAUAAGGUUCAUAGUCACUUUGAUCGGUCUCUUGAGAGUGGACCCUACACCCUUAAGUAUCGCGGCAGCAUGUGGGGUUACAAGCGUUUUUUUAGACGGGCCAUGCUCGAAUCCUCGAAUUUUCUCAAAGAUGAUUGUUUGAAGAUUCAUUGUACGGUUGGUGUUGUGGUUUCGGCAAUGGACUGCUCGAGAUUGCACUCUAUAAAGGUCCCGGAAUCAGAUAUUGGAGCUCAUUUUGGUAUGUUAUUGGAGAAUGAGGAAUGUUCUGAUAUCACUUUUAAUGUGGAUGGGGAGAAGUUCCAUGCCCACAAAUUGGUUUUGGCUGCUCGUUCUCCUGUGUUUGAAAGUGAAUUUUUUGAUGCAUUAGACGAAGAUAAUCAUGAAAUUGUUGUUAGGGAUACAGAACCUAAGGUUUUUAAGGCCUUGCUGCACUUCAUAUACAAAGACACUCUUGUUGAAGAUGAGGAGCUUUCUGAGAAAAGUUCAUCUUCUACGUCAUCUAUAUCAGAUACGUUAGUUGCAAAGUUGUUGGCAGCAGCAGACAGAUAUGACCUGCCAAGACUCAGACUAAUGUGUGAAUCUGUACUCUGCAAGGAUAUAUCUGUAAAUUCUGUUGCUAAGAUUCUCGCCCUGGCUGAUCAUUAUCAUGCUACAGAUUUGAAAUCUGUUUGCUUAAAAUUUGCGGCGGAGAACCUCGUAGCUCUCAUCCGCUCAGAUGGUUUUGAGUAUCUAAAACAGAACUGCCCACUGCUGCAAUCGGAACUCCUAAAGACCGUUGCAGGAUGUGAGGAGGAUUUCAGUGGAGCAGGAAAAAGCAGAAGCAUAUGGGCACAGUUAUCAGAUGGAGACGACACAAACGAUAGAAGUGUAAGGCAACCGCCAUGGGAAAAUAGAGGAGAAAGGAGUCGAAGUUUGUGGGUCCAACUCGACGAGGGUGAUGCUGGCAGGAGUCCUAGACAAGAAGACUAACGCAUCGAAAUCUUCAUAAAGAAUGCUGUGCAAGUUAAGUUUGGGGAAGAUGGAUGAGGAAAAACAAAGAAUGGUAUGGUAUUUCAACCUCAUUGCUUUGGUUUUCCUUGUCUUUCUACUCUAGUUUUGAUUGUUAAAAAUUGUAUUUGUAUGCCUUAGAUAGCAAACAAGAAAUGUUGUAACAAAGUAAUUAGCAAAAUGUGCUUCAUGAGGAAACUGAACUUGUAAUCGAUGCAGAGAAAUGAACUUGUAAUUUUGUGCAUAAGAACAUUGAUUAGCAUCAGACAGUAAAGGUCAAGUUUUUCUCCU